GGGUGGCUGCCUGUUUGCUCUGUGGGAAUCGACAGCCCGGACACACAUUAGCCCGGCCCAGCCCCGUGCAGGAAGCCAGCGGGCGCGUAUCGCCAUUCAGCCCGGAUCUGGGCGCUGGAGCCGCCUCUGCGGGGGAAAGCGAAGUUCCUCGCGGGGAGGGCUGGGGCAGCGCGGCUCGCUCCGGUCCCGGGGGUUCGUAUUGGGAAAGUUUAUGGCGUGGAUUAAACGCGCCCGCGCUCCCCCGGGGCCAACGCCAGUGAGCUCAGGGGUGGCCCGGUUCAGCUUUUGCAAUGUCCAGGUUUUAUCCUGAAGUGCGGGCGCCUGGGGUCACGGUUGGAAGAACCGCCGGGCCCCCCAGCCCUGUUUACUCCCCGGCGUGCUGAGGCUGGCGUUUUGCAAGCCCUGGGCAGGCAGAAGAGGCCAGAGGCUUUGAUGACACCUUCCCAGCUGGAAGGGCCAGAUCUGUCUUUGCAACCCUUCGCUUCCCCGAGGCGUCCUGUAUAUAAACCCCCAGCCCGGUCACCUCUCACCUGUGCUGCACAGGUGCCGAAGCCCAGUCCCUGCCAACUUCAAAUGACAAGGGACAGUGCAGGGAAGCCAGGCUGUGACUCCACUACCCCAGCCCAGGCCUCUGUGACCGCAGAAUGGGCCGGGGGGCGCUUUAAAGGAGCCUGGAGCUGUUCAGACAGGAGCCAGCCGCAUUUCGUGCCAUGCUGUGGCCAGGACAGUGGUGGGUGGAUGGUGAGGACACUCUGCCUGUUUUACUUUCACUGUAGUUUUUUCUUUUUUUAAAACUUCCUUGUACUUGGUCAUCUUUGGCUCCUGCGUGGAUGCUGAAAGUGGAGUUAAGGAGCUCUGCCUACUUUAGUGUCUUUGCCUUUUUCUCUCCGCCCGGGAAGCGGCGUGUAACAGAAGCCCAGGCAUUGCAGCGGUAAAAAAACAUUCAUUAGCCCAUGGGUUACUUCUCUAUUUCGAUCAACGGCUGAAAUUGCAAAAUUGACCAAGCAAACCUAGACACCCAAGGAAACAGAUGUUGGAGGCGACUGCUCCAGAGAGAAGCUGAGGUGCCGUAAUCCAAGGGCCUGGCUUUAGGGUGAGAAGGAGGUGCAGUGAACCCAGACACCGUGAACUGCCUCAGGAUGGCCCUAGCGCCUGUGAGCUGCAUUCUGGGGCUGCUUUGGACGCUGAGCUGCGGGGCUGGUGCUUCAGGAGCCGACUCUGGAUCACGGGGUGUUGGGAGCCGAAUGCCCCCCCAACUGGAAAUCGGGAAUGAGGCUGAUGGCAUCCAGUAUGCCCAGCACCAGGACAGGCCUGUAGAUUGCUGGGAAGUACGGACCCAGAACAGCUCCAAGUGGUGCCACUUCAUCCAGACCAACCCGGACUGCCAGAUGGACAGCGGCUUCCUCAACUACCUGAACGGGGUCUUCUGCGUCUUCCCCUUGGGGCUGCUGCCGCUGGUGGUGACCUUAUACGUGCUCUGGCUGCUGUAUCUGUUCCUCAUCCUGGGAGUGACAGCUGAGAAGUUCUUCUGCCCCAACUUAUCUGCGAUCUCCACCAAUCUGAGACUGGCCCACAACGUAGCAGGCGUCACCUUCCUGGCCUUUGGGAACGGCGCGCCCGAUGUCUUCAGUGCUGUGGUGGCGUUCUCCGACCCCCGGACUGCCGGGCUGGCUAUCGGCGCUCUCUUUGGCGCGGGCGUGUUUGUGACCACGGUGGUGGCUGGCGGGAUCGCCCUGCUCAAGCCCUUCACGGUGGCCUCCAGGCCAUUCCUCAGGGAUGCCGUCUUCUACAUGGUGGCCGUGUUCCUGACCUUCACAGUGCUGUACUUCCGGAGGAUCACCCUGGCGGGGGCGCUGAGCUACCUCGGGCUGUACAUCUUCUACGUUCUGACAGUCGUGAUCUGCACCUGGAUUCACAGGAGGCAGCGUGGGGAAGGGUUGUCCCCUGCCGGCUCCGGCCAGCCAGAUCGUGCGUCUGACCCGGAAGAUGAGGAUUCCCUCUCCUCCAGCGUUCACAGUGAGGAGUACGAGGAGGAAUACCGGCCCCUGCUCCCCUCCGAGGAGGGGACUCUACAGAUCCUGACCAAGUCCGUGAACCCUCUGGAUCGCAGGAAGUGGAGGAGGAAAUCCUGCUACUGGAGAUUCCUCAAGGUUUUCAAGAUGCCGGUGGAGUUCGUGAUGCUGCUCACGGUGCCUGUGGUGGAUCCCGAUCAGGAGGACCACAACUGGAAGAGACCUCUCAACUGCCUGCACCUGAUCACCAGCCCCUUGGUCUGCAUCCUCACGCUGAAAUCUGGUGCCUAUGGGCUGUAUAAAAUCCAGGGGGUCUUCCCAGUCUGGGACCUGGGAAUCCUGAUUGGUGCUUUCCUGGCUGCUAUUGUCUUCUGCACUACAAAGAACGAGGAGCCGCCCAAGUAUCACUGCGUGUUCGCCUUCCUGGGUUUCUUGGCCAGCGCCCUGUGGAUUAACGCAGUCGCCACCGAGGUGGUCAACAUCCUGCGGACCUUAGGCGUGGUCUUCCAGCUGAGCAACACCGUGCUGGGCCUGACGCUGCUGGCCUGGGGGAACAGCAUCGGCGACACUUUCUCGGACCUCACCAUGGCGCGGCACGGAUACCCCCGCAUGGCCUUCUCUGCUUGCUUUGGGGGCAUCAUCUUCAAUAUGCUGGUGGGAGUGGGACUGGGCUGUUUGCUGCAGAUGACAAGCAGCCAGCUGGCAGUAAAGCUGGAGCUGGAUGGUCUUCUGGUCUGGAUUCUGGCUGGAGCACUGGGGCUGAGUCUGGUCUUUUCCUUCAUAUCCGUGCCGGCUCAGUGCUUCCAGCUGGGCCGAGGGUACGGGGUCUGCCUCCUCCUCUACUACCUGGCCUUCCUCACGGUAGCGUUGCUGACAGAGUUCAAGGUGAUCCAGCUCCCUGCCCCUUGACGGCAUCGCUGCCGGACGCCAUCUUGUCUCUUAGCACCUCUGGCGAGAAUGGUGGGAGCGGGGUGACGAGCCUGCAGGGCUUGGACCAACAGGCGACAGCGGGAUGGUCAGAUGCAGGAGAGCAACUGGCAUGAGACUUUCCACAUUCGCUGGCUGGGCCAGUUCUAUUCCCAGUGAAUCACUGAAGGACACGCCACCAGGAGGGGAGGGAGACGGAGCUCCCUUCCUGGCGAGCACAGCUCUGGACACGUAUCCAUUUCUCUACGCUGAAGGCAUUAUGACAAUUGGAACUUCCCACCUGGAGGGCGCGUGCUUUUGAUCCUGUACACUAAGGUUCCCAUGACCCUGCCGCCCCAGGAAAGGAAACUGGAGCGGCAGGAGGUGAGGCUACAUUGCCGCACUGUUUAGACAUCCUCUGGCCCAGGGGCUACCCAGCCAAAUGAGAGGUCAACCUGGGGCUGCCGGGACUUCGUCACUGGGACUCCACUGCCAGUAUUAACUUCCAAUUGAUUAUUUUAAGGAAAGGGAUCAUUUAGAUUUAGAACCGGGACUGUUUUGUUAAUUAAAGAAAGAUUGGUUUUCAGAGGAAGGCUUUGCAUUACAUUUUAAAUGGGGAUCAGUUUAAAUCCCUGCUGCCGUAAGUGGCAUUUUGCAGCUGCACAGAAAGGGCAGGUUUUUUAGCCUUCCCCCUAUAUGACAAGUGAUCAUUAUUCAUGGGACAAUAAAGCAAUUCUGUGAAAUGACCGUUUCAGUGCAACUUGGAAAGACUUGUCAGUGCUCCAGUGGUCUCGCUACGUACCCUCUUAGUCUCUGGAAAACGAGGUUAGGCUCACAUGCUUUACGGAAGGGUUACAAAAUAAAACGUUCAGUGGUUUCUGCCUAGUGACUCUUUGUGCAAUGCCUAUGACUGGGGCUCACAGGAGCUAUUACAGUACAUCUGUCCACCCAUGGAGCAGUGGGGAAAUACAUCACUGCAGCAGGAACGACAGACGCAGGAAGGGCAAAUGCAGCAGUGCUGUGGCAGAAGCUUGUACCAUACCCAGCAGUGCUGGGAGUACAUUUCUGUUGCUCUAGUGCUGACGGGAAGUAGCAAUCGUCUCCCUUCAAUAGUGAAGGACCCCUGAACAGCAGUCACGAGUGGAUUAGUUUGCCAUUAAAGAAGAAAACAAUCCUCUUGGUUUCCUAGGAAAUUGCAUUGUCAGGGCUUUCUUUAAUCCUGGGUCAGCACUGUGCUUGGAUUGAGUGACCACAAGGGUUAGUCAUCGGGCCUUGUGCAACAGGGAUGGCAAGAAGCCUGGUGAAAUAAACUUAUCCAUCGACACACAGGCAGCUCAAGGAGUGGAGACGGCAUGAGGGGGAGAAGAAAUAGUGGUGAACAUUUGGAGUUGGAGUUGUGGCAGCGUCAAAUGCCCGGAAAAGUGAACUGCACAAUUCCAAGAGAUUGUUCUCAGGUGCCAAAUCUGCACAAGAUUUAAAAACCAUCUAAAAGUGAUAUUAAAAAAAAGCCCAUUUUCAACAGUGACAGGCUCUUAGGAUCUUAUAUCUCACUGAAAGUAAGACACACCUGGGCUCCUAAGUCACAUACAAAAAUGGGAUCUAGGCACUUCUGAAAAUUUCACUCCAGACCACAAGGGACAACUCUGGAAAGGAAGCAGCCAAUUUACAGAAUCCUAGGGUUACUUAGCAUUUUAAAUGUAUCGCAGCAGAAGUUUCCGGCAACUUUUAGAGGGGGGGGCAACAGGGAGGGUCUCUGUGCCUAGCAACUGCAAUCUAAGGACAGGGAUCCUCUCAGUUUGGCAAUAGCUCACCCACGAACCAGGUUAUUGAAACGGACACAGGAAAGAGGAGCGAGGCAGCUGUCUUUAUGUAGCAGAGGGUGUUUUUAUUAAUGUGCCUGAAAAUCUACAGACUGUUGUACAGACCUGUCCAUAAAGUUAUUUAUAAACAAACCGCCAGCAUACAAAACCCUGCAGUGUUUCCUCCCUUAUCCCUACAAAAUGAUUGUCUUUGUAGUUACGGUAAGUCAGUGUCUACGAAGGGGAUGGGGAGGACAAUUGGAAGGGGAUGCCCCGUACUCAAACUUUUUUCCCUUGCGACUGUUAAGUCCUUUGGAAAAAGUAACCUCUACAAACCUCCUCAGUUUGAAAAAAAUAUAUAUAUACACACAGUGGACAUUUCAGGCCAGAUCAAAAUCUCAGCAGUAAAACCACAGAAGGGCAGAGUAGCACUUUUACUCUGGAACACGUCUUUCAGCAAUUUUGUGCACCCUUCAUCACGAGUUCUCUCUUGAAAACUCCAUGUUUUGCAGGUUCAUACCCCCUUUCUAUAGUCCCGGUGCCCCCAGGAGUGCAAAAAGGCCUGAAUGAUGGCUUUGAAAAUUGUCUUUUUUUACUUCCCUAACAGCUGCAUUUGUUUUUAACCCCUACAAUCCUGGUGCUUUCCAUCCUGCCAGCAACGAAUAGAAGUUGUGCUUCUGAGCAUCUAGAGACUAGGGUAGAGUGGAACGCCAGAGCUAGGAUUCCAGGCGUAGCAGCAGACGUGCUCUUUUCAGGGUUGCCCAUCAGUGAGUGUCCUGGAUGUGAGACACACAAUUUGGAAAACGGCCCCGAUUUCUCAAGAGGGAAGCUCGGCAGGGCUCAGGUGUCCUGUCAUAACUCUGGAGUCCGUUGCACACAAAAAGGAAGCAGAGAGUUUCAUUUGAGUAUCCAAUGAAUUCCCAGAAUGCAGCAGUGAGGACAAGCAGCAUGCAGUGGGUGCAGGUGUGGUGACUACCAUCUCAUUCACUUAAUCAGAACACUCUGAACCACUACCCAUAGAGGGGGAGGUUGUCAAAACCACGUGAGACUUAAAUCAUCAGGAACUGGGCUCUUAAGACAUUGAGAUGCUUUUGAAAAAUCUCACCAUAGGCCAUAAUGGGAAUGACAAAGCAACUCCUAAAUGAACAGUGCAGCCAGCUGUGGAAACUUUCCCUUCCUUUUCUCAAUAUAGUGCGAUAUGGUCCUUCACAGUGGGUCUAGAACUCCAAGGAUGAGGGGGUAUUAGGAUUAAUGCUGUCUGAUUUAGGAGGGAGGCAGUCUCCCAUGCAAUAGUUUUGGAGUGCAGAUUGCCAAAGGGAUUCCUAAAGGUUCACUUCAUUUAGAGGGGCCCACCCACUGGAGGCAGCAAAUUUCAAAGGUGAGAUGCCAUGGCAACCUCUCCUUUGAACUGCCAAUGCACAUGUGCCAUGACUAUAUGCUUUUAGAAUACUUAGCACUUUCCAUACACAGACCGUGGCAUGCUUUACGCAAGUGGGUUUCGUUACUCCCAUUGUGGGGAAACAGAAGCACACACAGAUUAAGUGACCUUGCCUAUGGUCCCGGAGCAAGUCAGAGCACAGAACAGAGCAGAGCUGCCUCUAUAUAUGAUACAGAAGGGCAGGUGGAUGGAAGAGUUGAUUUCCACAUCUCUAAGUCCAGUUCUCCCAUUAGAAAAGCUUCCCAAACUGGCCCUGAUUCAUAAAAUCGUGGUUCCCAGAGCUCGCAAGAGAGAAGGCAAAGGAGAAAAGUUCCCUUGUGGUCACGUCAACCUGCCUGGGAAAUCAAAGGUGACGUUACCCCGUUGGUGACUGCACAGAGAUGCUGUGCAGGCACAUGCACACACACCUCCCCAGCACUUCUCAAUCCAGCCCCACUGAAGCUCAGUCACUAACCUUGUGCUGUCUCAUUCUCAUACCAGGCAAAGAUCUUCCACUUAUAAACUGGAGGGUGGAAUGGCAAAGGCUCAGCAUCACCGUCCUGUGGAAUUUGCAUCUCACCUACUGACAGAUCGCCAGAGUUUUGGGAUUUGUCAAAUGGCUUCCAGCCUGCAUAGCACAGAACGCUAGAGAGAGAACUUUGAUAGCUUCAGCAAGGGCAUUGAUCCAGAACUCGGUCAAGUCUCAUCACUUUUAGUAAGGAUCCAAAGAACUACUGGAUCUCAGUCCUACAGCCGUCCUCCAAAGAACGGAUUUAAGAGGUUGGAUGAGCUACUCAGGAAUGAAACAGGGAGUGUCUCUAGAAUGGUCAAUAAGCGUAGGUAGUUAGAAAGAGGCAGAAUGGGUGUAGAUUGAAGUGGUAAACUUCUCAUCCAACCCCACCUUGCUGGAUACUAGA